AUGGCUCAUGGUCAUUUCCGUCACUCGCGCAUCGGCAAUCUAAUUAGCGCCAGGCGCCGCCUGCAAGCUGAGCUUGGUGAACAGCAUGCAGGCUCUGAUUUACUUGAGGAUGAUUCAUUUCAAACCCCUGUCCUCCCCGCCACUGGUAUGCUUCCGGAUGAAAAUUGCGACUCGUCAAAAAACUCCAUGUGUCUUGAGCAUGGCAUGAACGAAUCUGAUUCAAUACUUGAAAAGCGGGAAGAGACGACUUCCGCCGACCCGACUAGUAUUGAGACUGUAUUGCAGAUAGUUGAUGCUAGCUCACAGACUCCCUUUCAGUCGACUACUACUGGCUUUCCUAUGACGAUAUCGCAUUCUACAUACGCCACCGACACUCUACCGAGCUCGGACAGCUUGACUGCGACUGCGACUGCGAGUGUGACUGCAAGUGCAAGUGCCUCUAUAGAUUUAGGGCUAUUGACCUCGCCGACGCCUACCUCUGCUACCCAGCCGACACCACCGCCACUAUCCGAGACGCUAUUUUCAAGCAUCUCCACGAACUCUACUCAAAUUUCUUUGGCCACCACAAACUCCACAAGUCAACUUUCAUCAGCAAUAAGAUCUGCCUCAGCCACAGUCAUCAGUUCGCCUGCAUGGAGUUCGACUCGCCUCGUCACCCCUUCUAGCUCUGCGCCAUCUGUUAUGACAACAUCAUCCCAGGUGCACAAUUACUGGUCAUAUUCUGGUAGCUCCGGCUCCAGUUCCAGUUCCAGCUCCCCGACAAGCCCGACCUCCAGCACAGACUACACAACCUCUUCAUCAAAUGUAUAUGGAGGCUCAGAGUCAACUGGCUCAGCGACUAGUACUGGAACCGCACCAACUACAAGUGAAACGCAGGCCUCGCAGGAUUCAACAAGUAAUCCCGACACACCUAAAAUCGUGGGCGGUGUAGUAGGAUCAAUCGCCGGUCUCGCUCUCAUUCUUCUUCUUCUAUUUUACUACCUCCGCCGCCGAGGAUUCUUAAUGGGGAAAAUGGGACGUCCCCCUAUGUUAGGUGACGCAGCAGCCGGGGCUGGAGCAGGGGCUGGGUCUAGGUCUAGAGAAAUUGUCGAGCGACGCGAAAGCAACGACCCCCUCUUCACAGCCUCAUACCUCGCCCCCGCAUUCAUGAAGCGUUGGCGCCAGUCCACGGCAACAACGCGCUCUGGAAGCACCAUCGACUCUGCCCCCAGCGAACGCGGGUUCCAAAAGAUUUCCGGCAGAAAGCUCCCUCCCGUCUUCACCCACGGUGGAGACGGAUAUGGCGGCGGACUAGACGGCGAUUCUCCCACCGUACCAGGCUUCCCGGCCACCUCACCAGGAACCGGACCAAUGGCAUCACCCUCCUUCUAUGCUCCGCCCCCAACCUCGCAAUAUGGCGGUAUGCCGCUGGACUCAAACUACACCCGCGAGGUCGAGGAGCAUACCCCACCGACACGGCCCAACCCCGUCCACCUUCCUAUCUCCAGCGCGGUCAACGUUGCCACUCCGAUCACUGUCACACCGGCCCACCCCGUUGCGCAACCACAGAGUGCGGUGCCUUUCGCGCCGCCGCGGCCGGAUGGGCUUGGCCGCAGUUUGCACAGUUUCGACGGGAGUCGAAGCAGCCGCUUCACUGAGGUUAUUGAUCAGUAA